UAACCGUUAGGACUUAAAAAGAGCGCCUCACAAUAUUUCAUCAAAUCCUCCUUCCUUCCUUUCUCACUAAAUAAACUAUCCGUUACUCUUUGCAUCAACAACAUAGAGGUUUUUUUUUGUCUAUACAGAAUUGAGCUUCUGCCAUUGAUUUGAGCUCAACAAAAUUAAAAAAAAAAACAUGGAGCCGAUAACUCAAAGAAGAAAGAGUGGAAUUAACCUUCCAUCUACAAUGUCGGAAACCUCUCUUCGUCUUGAUGCUUUUUCUUCUCCUCCCAGAUCAAAGCGAACAACCAAUUUGGCUUCAUCGCCAAUGUCAAACAGGUCACCUCGGACAAUAUCGAAUCUGUCAUCAUCUCCGUCUUCUAAAUCUGCAAGUUGCAGUGAUAGAUUCAUUCCUUGUAGAUCUUCUUCAAGGCUGCAUACUUUUGGUCUGGUGGAGAAGGCGUCUCCGGUGAAAGAAGGAGGAGGAGGAAACAAUGAUGCAUAUUCCAGGUUGUUGAAAUCUGAGCUUUUUGGAGCUGAUUUUAGUUGUUUCUCUUCUCCUGCAGGUUCUAAGGGAUGUGCUAAUUCACCCAUGAGUCCCAGUAAGAAUAUGCUCAGAUUUAAAACUGAAAAUUCUGGCCCUAAUUCCCCUUCCGUUUUGGGGCAUACAGAUACUUCCCUAUCAAACGAGGUUUCUACCCCUCCUAAACCCCCUAGGAAAGUGCCUAAAACACCCCACAAGGUUUUGGAUGCACCAUCACUUCAAGAUGAUUUCUAUUUGAACCUAGUUGAUUGGUCCUCGCAGAAUAUACUUGCUGUUGGGCUUGGAACUUGUGUUUAUUUAUGGACAGCUUCAAAUAGUAGAGUGACAAAGUUGUGCGACUUAGGACCGACUGAUAGUGUCUGCUCUGUCCAAUGGACUAGGGAGGGGUCUUAUAUAUCAAUCGGUACAAGUCUUGGGCAAGUUCAGGUUUGGGAUGGAACUCAAUGCAAGAAGGUUAGAACAUUUGGUGGACAUCAAACAAGAACUGGAGUCCUUGCCUGGAGUUCGCGCAUCCUAUCUUCUGGUAGUAGAGACAGAAACAUCCUUCAGCAUGACGUUCGUGUUCCAAGUGACUUUGUUAGCAAAUUUAUCGGUCACAAGUCCGAGGUAUGUGGAUUGAAAUGGUCUCAUGAUGAUCGAGAACUUGCGUCAGGGGGAAAUGACAAUCAGCUGCUAGUGUGGAAUCAGCGAUCUCAGCAACCUGUUUUGAAGCUAACGGAGCAUACUGCCGCUGUUAAGGCCAUUACCUGGUCUCCUCAUCAAUGUGGCCUUCUGGCAUCAGGAGGAGGAACAGCUGAUCGAUGUAUUCGUUUUUGGAACACAAUAAAUGGCAAUCAGUUGAACCAUAUUGAUACAGGAAGCCAGGUAUGCAAUCUAGCGUGGAGUAAAAAUGUAAAUGAGAUAGUUAGCACACAUGGUUAUUCCCAAAACCAAAUCAUGGUGUGGAAGUAUCCAUCAAUGUCAAAGGUUGCUACUCUAACUGGCCAUAGUCUGCGUGUCCUAUAUCUUGCCAUGUCACCUGAUGGCCAGACAAUAGUAACUGGAGCAGGAGAUGAGACACUCCGCUUUUGGAAUGUAUUUCCGUCAGUAAAAAUUCCUGCAGCAGUGAAGGACACAGGAGUAUGGUCUUUAGGCAGGACGCACAUACGUUGAUGUAAUAAUUAUUGUUGCUGUAAAUGGAAAUUGAAAUCAAGGAAGACACAGGACAUACAAAUAUAUAUAUAUUCAUACUAUUCUUUUUGCAUAUAUAUAUGCCUGUGAAACAGAAGAUUGAUUGUGCUGUUUUUAAACACCUUUUUGAUUCAUAAAUAUAUUUAUGCCUGUAAACAAUCUCCCAAAAUUGUGAAGCCUUUGUUUACCUUU